AGUGAUGACCACCAUGAUGGUCGGAGGCGGUGGCUUCGGAGGUGGUGGUGGCUUGGGGGUCGGCCGAAGGGGCCUGUCGCCUCCGUCGGGAGCCAGCAACCACACCCAAAGACAUUCUUCACCACAGCCGCCCUUGUCGCCAGCGUCCAGCGACUCACCUACUUCCCCAGUCAGCCCUGGACGUCAUGGAAAUAAAGCAUGUGGUGUUUGUGGUGAUGUGGCGAAGUCCAUGCACUUUGGAGGACUGUCAUGUGAUUCUUGCAAGGCCUUCUUCCGGAGAUCAGUGCAGAACAAUGCAUAUAAGGGAUUCACAUGUCCCUAUGAAAAGAAAUGUGUGAUUGCUGUGUCUUCAAGAAAAGCAUGUCAGUACUGCAGAUUCCACAAAUGCCUCAACAUAGGUAUGGAGAAGGGCUGGGUGAUGUCAGAGGAUGAGCGACGCAAAAUGAUGCAACAGCGCCAGGAAAAGAAACUAAAAGCUGAUCAGAAGAAGCAUCAUGAGACAAAGGACAUUGAUAAAUAUAGCCUUAGUGAGGAGGAUAAUACAGAGAUACAGAUAAUUGUUUCUCUCUAUAGAAAAGCAUACCAAGAUGUUCCUUACGAUUCCAGUUGUCAGAAUGAUGGUGCAGCAGGUGUCAUGUCUCCUUGGAUGACAUUCUGCAAGAGAAUAGGAUAUUUCUUUUCACUCUUUAGGGAAUUCACAGAGCUCCCCAGUGGUGAUCAAGCAACACUUAUGAAAACUGCCAUUACAUCAGCUUGUAUCAUCAUGGGCUCUGUUGUAUAUGAUUCAAGUACAGGCAAAUGGCCAGGGAAACCCAUAACAAGAUCAGGUUUUGUACCCAAUGUAUCUUCACAGAAUGUAAAGCAACUAGUGCCUUCAGAUUUGAUGUCACGUGUGGAGCAGUUCUUCAGAAAGUUUCAGCAGAUAUGCCCAGAUGAAACAAUGGCCAUGAUACUUAUAUUGGUGACUCUUUACUCUUCAGAACUAAUAGGUUUGGAGGCUAAGGAAACCAUCCAAGCACUUCAAGACAGAUAUACACGUAUCUUGCAUCAUUAUGUUGCAUGGAAAUAUAAGGAGAAAUCCCACAUGAUGUUCCCCAAGGUCUUAGUAUCACUUGCUGACAUUCGUGAGUUAUCAGAACGAACAUGUCAGAUGCGCAUUCAGCAGGGAUCUUCUUCCAGCAACCAAAAUAUCACAUCACUACUUCCAAAAUCCAAUCCUCAGGAUUCUUCCUCAACACCUAUGGAAACAUGCCAAUCAGAAGAAGCAGCCUUAGACAGUACAGAUAGUGGGAUGGUAAAUGUAAAAGAAGAAUUUGAUGUAGAUUGUAAUUCUGCACUUAACACUGCAGCUGCCCACAAGCGUGCAAGGUUAGAAGCAACUGGCAGUGCUCGUGAUCAUACCUACCAAAAGAUAUUGCAAAAGGUCAUGGAUCAGAUGCACAGCUCUUUGCAUUUACGAGCUCCACAGUUGCUUCCUAUUGUCAUUCAUAUUGUAAAAAAGAUAAAAGCUGAAGGUGGAGGCAUUGAAGAUUCAUCUCAUACCACCAAAACUCACCAUGUCAAACAGCCAAGAGGUGGUACAAAACGAAGACAGGUUGAAGUUAAACAGGAACAAAUAGAAGAGGAUUGUAAUGCACAGUUCUCUCAAGACUUACCUAACUCAGACCUGAAUGACCCUAUGUCUCCAGACAUUCAUCAUACUCCACACUUCAAUCUUAGUCAGCAGCUUCAGCAAGAUCUUCAUCCUCCACAGACCCAGAUUUUGCACCAGCAGCAGUUCAUACCCCCAUCAACAGACAUUAAUUUAGGAUAUCCAGCUUCCCCAAUGGAUUCCACAGAUUCAUUUGACAUGCUGCCCACAUCACCUCUUCAUUGCCAAAAUUCGAAUAUGUCACCAAACCUAAUGCUUUCUGCAAACCAUACAGCUGAUGUCAGGCUGUCACCUCAAGUUCCACUCAUGGCACCUGUUGCCCCUUAUACUCCUCCUUCAGUAGUAACUUCAUCACCCAUGCCAGUCCAGCAGUCGGAAGUCUUUCCUGUUGCAGACAUGCCAUUGCCAUCUCCAAUGGCUGCUCCUUCACCGUACUCUGAUACUUCAAGUUCAUCACCACCUGAAAGCUCCCAGUCACCGCUGUCUGAACUCUUCACAGAAGAGCUGUCAGAUGUUGAAAUAGAUGUACUAACACAGUUGAUGGACUAUGUUUGUAAUUCAAAUCUGGAAAAUGUAAGUUCAAUCAAGGAAAUUAUACCAGAACAUCUCUUAACUGAACUUCAAACAAAAUUGUGCACAUACUCUUUAAAACAAGAAUAAACAGAAAGACCACAUUUUAAGAAGAAAAAAAGUGAAAAUAUAAGUAUAAUGAAUAUGGAAACAAAACUUAAAAGGACUCCAUUCAGAACAGUCUUUUGGCACAUUUCUUAUAAUGAGGACAACAUAUAUAAUUUGCAUAUGGAAUAGAAUAUCCAUGUGCAUUAAGAGAUGUGUACUCUGUUUAAAAUAAAACAAGAAACCUUGAAAAUAGACAGUGAAUGAAGCUGAAAGGAUGGGUGUUCUAAACAAUGCAUGUUGAAAUUGACUGCAAAGCCACAUGUGUAUAUAAAUGUAUAUAUGACAUGCAUACAAGCUCUAAUGUCUGUGGAUUUGCUUAAUACUUGCUAAUAACUAGAACAAAUCAAUGUCAGAAAGCCAAAAACUAUACCAGUCCCGUACACAUUUUUCUGGCAAGUGAAGAUUUUAUGAAUAUUUUGUGAUAAUAACUAUAAGAAAUGAAACUUUUUCCUUUUUUUUUUCUCUUUUUUUCAAAGAAGUUGUUAGUGGUUAAUAUGAUUUUGUGGCUUUAGAACUUUGCACCCUUGAUGAAUUAUCAGUCAAGAUGAAAAGCGAACAUUCAUUCCUAGAGUAAUGAAUGGUAAUAAAAAACAGUGAAUCCUAGAACACUUUGAUAUUGUGUUUGAUAAUGUACAACGCCAGUUUGCUAAAAAGAAAAAGUACCGAAUACAAACUUUGAGAAGAACUUACAACAACGAAUGGAGUGAGAAUCCAUCAGUGUCAUUAUGUGCACAUAUUCCUAUCCUGUAUUGCUGUUCAAUUAUUGUAUGUUCAGUUCUAUGUCGCAUUCAGUGUUGGUGGUACAGUGUAGAUGGAGAGGGAAGCAAGAUGUCAGUACAGUUCUUGUAGAAGUAACAUAAAGUAGUCAUAUACAUUUAGUUUGAUCAUUUAAAUGCAGAAUAUUGUUU